AUGAUCGACAAAAAAUUGGCUUUCAAGAUUGUUGUCAAGACAUUUAAUUUUUCAAGAUUUGGUCGUACUUACAACAUUUCCAAAAUAACAGAAAAUGUUGACAUUAUUUCUGCUUUGGAAAAGAUUGAGAAAAAGUGUAGGAUUGGACAGGACAUGGAUACUGAAUCUGUUAAUAUAAUUGGCUCAGAAUUUGAAUCUCAAGACACAGUGGGUUGUAAGGAUGCUACUUCCCACAAUGCUGAUAGUACUCCUGUGUCGAAUAUUCCCUCUGGCAUUUGUACAACUCCAUCAUCAAGAACAGCCGACAACCUCAAUUCACCACCUACAAGUGCCAAACGUAAACUUGUAGAUGUUUACGAUCUUGAUGAUGACGUUUAUGAAUCAGCAACGAAACCUAAUGCACCCCGUAUUGGAGAUGCCAAAGUUGUUGGAACAACAAAAUUGUUGAUUCCUAAAGUGGAAAAGUGA